AAAUUGAUUUACUUUGUUUGUGAAGAUUUAUGAUUUUUAUAGUCUCAGAAUCUUGUUUUUAGUUGAUUGUGUGGUAUGUUUGUGUCUUUUAUGUAACUUCUGUAGGUUUUGUGUGGUCAAAUCUUUUGUUCUUUGCUUUUCGUGUGGCAAGAUGGUUUACUUUCUCUACUUUGCUUAGGUUCUCGGGUUCCAUUUCUGGAUUGGUCAUAAGUUGUCAUGCAGUCAAUGGCCCAUAGGUCACUGGAAGUCCUUUUACGGGCCUUCAUGUGGUUAAUUGCUUAUUAGACUUACAGUGGCCUUACCUGGAUGGCUAUGUUGUUCCUGUCGUGCAAUGCAACCCUUGUCGGGUGACCUCUGUGGACUUAUAUUAUUUGUUCUACAACAAAGUAUCAACCAACCUGUGUGUGGUGGAUGUUCUUGUCUGCAAAGAAUCAACUGCUAAUGGUGGAGACUCAAGAGUUCUUUGAUGAUUUUUCAGCUACCCAGUACAAGGAUAAUAAAGGUUUAGCACCUCCUCGAGCCACCGACCCUGGUUGGGCCCAUGGAAUUAUGGUAAAUGGGGGUCAGCAAAAGAUUAAGUGCAAAUACUGUCAGAAAGUUAUUCUUGGUGGUGGAAUUUCAAGACUAAAGCAACAUUUAGCUGGGGAAAGGGGGAAUGUAGCUCCGUGUGAGGAAGUACCAGAGGAUGUCAAGUUGCAAUUUCAACAAUAUUUAGGCUUUAAAGUUCUGGAAAAGCUGAAGAGGCAGAAAAGAUUAAAAGGUGGCAAGAAAUCCACUUUGUCCUACUUAGACAACUGCAAAGGAGUCAAUGAUGUACAUAGAAACCCUCCCAAGACAGCUAGAAGCCGAGGUUCUUCUGGGGAAAGAAGGGGGAAAGAGGUUGAUGAGGGAACAUCCAAUCGAACAAAGAAACACAAGAAGGAUUUUCAUCCAAUGGCUAUUCCUGUUGCUCAUCCUCUAAACCAGAGUUCUGCUUCUGAAGAGAUCAUCAAUCAGGCAGAUAUAGCUGUAGCAAAAUUUAUGUAUGAUGCUGGUAUACCUUUCAGUGCCUCGAAUUCAUAUUAUUUCCAGCUGAUGGCUGAUGCUAUUACUGCUGCAGGUCCUGGUUAUAAAAUGCCUUCUUAUCAUUCUCUGAGGGGUAAAUUAUUAAACAACAGUUUUCAAGAGGCAAAGGAACUAUGUUGUGAACUGAGAAAAUCUUGGGAAGUGACCGGGUGUUCAAUCAUGGUUGAUAGAUGGGCAGAUAAAACUGGACGCACAGUUAUAAACUUCUUUGUUUAUUGUUCGAAGGGCACAGUCUUCCUCAAAUCUGCUGAUGCUACUGGUAUCAGUAAAUCCUCUGAAGCACUUCUGAGUUUAUUUGAUAGUGUUGUUCAAGAAGUGCGGCCCAAUAAUAUUGUCAACUUUGUGACAGAUACUGAACCAAGUUAUAAAGCUGCAGGGAAAGCCUUAAUGGAUAAGUACAGAACGUUUUUCUGGAGUGCCAGUGGUGCACACUGUAUUGAUUUAAUGCUCGAGGAAAUUGGAAAAAUGGUUGAAGUGAAAGAGGUUUUGGCAAAGGCUAAACAAAUAACACAGUUCAUAUAUAAUAAUUCUUGGGUCCUUAAUUUGAUGAGGAAGAGGACUGGAGGAAGUGACAUUAUCCAACUUGCAAUUACUAGGCACGCAUCCAAUUUCCUGACGCUGCAAAGCAUUGUAUCUUUGAAAGAGCCUCUCCAUCAGAUGUUUACUGGUGCCACUUGGAUGCAAUCAACUUUCUCUAAGCAAAGGGCAGGGCUUGAUGUGGCAGAAAUUAUGGUGGACCCGUGUUUCUGGUCACAGUGUGAUCGAACACUAAAUGCCACAAAACCCCUACUUACUGUUUUACAUCUCAUUGAUUGUGAAGACAGACCAUCAGUGGGUUAUAUUUAUGAUGCAAUGGAGAAAGCGAAGAAAAGCAUCAUUGUGGCAUUUGAUAGCAACAAAUCUGAUUACUUGCCAUACUUAGAUGUUAUUGAUCGCAUUUGGCAAGAGGAACUCCAUAGCCCCCUUCAUGCAGCUGGAUACUACCUCAACCCAUCCAUAUUUUACAACCCCGGUUUCUCAACUAACAAAGUCAUUCAAAAAGGGUUACUUGAUUGCAUUGAGAUGUUAGAGCCUAACUUGACUGCUCAGGUUACGAUUACAAGCCACAUUAAUUUCUAUGAGGAUGCUGUAGGUGAUUUUGGUCGUCCUGUGGCAUUACGUGGUCGAGAGUCACUUGCCCCAGCUACAUGGUGGUCUCUCUAUGCAUCUGAUUAUCCGGAUCUGCAAAGAUUAGCUUUGAGGGUUUUAAGUCAAACCUGCAGUAUAAGUACGACCCGAUGUGAAAGGAGUUGGAGCAUGUUUGACCAAAUCCAUGCAAAGAAGAGGAAUCGGUUGGAAUAUCAAAGAUUGAAGGACCUCAUAUUUGUUCACCAUAACUUAUGCCUUAAAGAGAGAAGGCGGGAAGCAAAUAGGAGGAGUACAAAGGAUGAAUAUGAUCCUUUUUGCUUAGAAGCUAUGGAGGCCGACAUGAGUGAUUGGGUGGAAGACCCCGGAAGCGUUGAGGGCGAGGAUUAUAGCUGGAUGGAUGUAACAGUUCCAAGCGACAGGACCGUGGCUAGUCCUAAAAAGCAAAUUGUUGAUAUUUUUAAUGAUUGUACAAAUGACAAUUGCAGUGAUGACUAUAAGUGUAUCCAUCAUAUAUAGAAUUUUUUUUCCUAUUGUUUAUUGGUAAUUAAUGUUAUCAUUUUUUGAAUUGCUCAACUUCUUUGGCAAUUUAGAAAAUUUGUGGUGUUAA